AUUGAGUUUGGUUUUAUGUGUUUCAAUACAAUCUCCUAAAUAUCUGUUUUUUUACUCGACUGAUUAAUUUAGUUUAUCAAUAAAAAAAAGUAUCUUUUCCACAAAAUUAUUCAAUCUUGUAAGGAUUAACUCUCUAAGUCUAAUUCAAUCCUGUCUACUUAUUCGUUUAAUACAUAAACCUUUUCCAUUUUACCUCUACUCGUGUUACUCUCCCUCUCUCUCUCUCUCUUUAUCUCUCUCUUUAACAUCUGAUUGCUUUUUCUUUGUGAUAUUUUUGUUUAAAACUGGUUUUGGAUUUCCCUUUCAAACACAUUUCAACCACCACCUUAUCUAAUUACCAGUGAAAUUGUGAUUAAGUCAAUUGUUCAUCUAUAAUAUUUAUUGUCAAAAAUCAUGGCCCGACCAGAGGAAGCUGAUCCUAGAUGGAUUGUUGAGGAGAGACCUGAUGCUGCAAAUGUUAAUAAUUGGCAUUGGACUGAAAAAAAUGCAACUGAAUGGUCUAAAAAUAAAAUUAAAAGUCUUCUCGAGAACUUGAUAAUUGACGAAUCUGGUCUUGGAACAUGCAAACUAACCGAAAUUUCAAGCAUAGAAGGUGAAGCUUUCGCCAAUAAUCGUAAAGCAAAGUUAAUCUUCUUUUACGAGUGGAAUAUAAAAGCUAAAUGGGAAGGUAACUUAAAUGGAUCGACUGCAGAGAAAACUGUCACAGGCGAAAUCGAAAUACCCAAUUUGUCCGAAGAAAAUGACCCAGAAGAAAUUGAAGUUCAAGUUUUCGUGAAAAAGGGCGAGAACACUGUUGAUGGUGAUGCUUUGAAAGAACUAAUGAGACAUAAAGGAACCACAUUGAUUCAAAACAAACUCGGAGAUUAUAUUAGAGAAUUGAAGCAAGAUUUCGCCAAAGAUUUAAUUUUGCCUACAAAAGAUGCAAAGCAGGGCGGAAGCGUUAUCAAGCAUGUUGGUAAAUCGCACGUGAAAUCUAAUUCUACCAAGAUUAAUGGUCUUAAUAAAGACCCCAAAGAUGAUGAAGUUAAAUCGCAAUCUUUUAAAACAGUUAAACUUACCGAUCAUAUGAAAUGCCGAGCAGAAGAGCUUUUCAAUUCCUUCACUGUACCUGAAUUAGUUUCUGCAUUCACCAGAGGAAAUGCAAUCGUCGAACCUCACGAAGGUGGAAAAUUUAGUCUAUUCGAUGGAAAUAUAAACGGAACUUUUACCAAAUUGCAACCUCACACAUGUAUUCAACAAAAAUGGAGAUUUAAAGCCUGGCCAGAGAAUCAUUUUUCAGAUGUAAAUAUAACAUUUGAUGAAAAAUCGGAUGAAACUAUUAUUACUGUGGAGCAAACAGGAGUACCAAGUUCUGAUUAUGAAAGGACUGAAACAGGAUGGAGAACUUACUAUUUUGAAUCAAUAAAGAGGACUUUCGGAUUUGGUGCAGCUCUUUAUUAACGAAAAUCCUACCUGAAAAUAUCUUCUUUGUUGAUCAUCUUUUCAUUUAAAUUUCAGUGGAAUUUGAACGAUAAUUUAACAGGGAACUUUUUGUAUCGAAUAAUUUUCUCUAUUUGGUCUUCAAUCCUAAAAUAUGCCAGUAACUUCUUCUGUUAGCCCAUUGCUGCGAUUAUCUUCACUUUUCUUUGGCUCAUAAUGACCGUAAUUAACAGUACUCGUUUUACUUGACAUGUAUUCUUGACCAAUCUUUAGUCAAUUUCACCAUAGGACCGCACCAAUCGAUAAGGAGGUUUAUAUUUUUCGAGCUAUGUGUCCAAAAGAUAUUACAAGAACCAGUUUUUCCACAAACUCUUUUGGUUUCAACAAAGCUGGAAGCUAAUUCACCAUUUUCAUAAAAAUUGGAUUGACAACUGUUCAAGUAGUCAAUAGACUUAAGAUGAUUUUUUUCUUUUCCAUCUGAAAAUUUUGAAACAUUGUUAACGAAAGAAGAUAAUCGAAUUAAAUAAAACCGAGAAGAUGAAUAUACAUCCAAUUCAA